UCACAGCGCGGAACUGGCAUUCAUGCGCACGCACGGAGUCCAUCGAGGUUAGUCUACAUCACACCCACUCACUUCCUCGGCCUGCCUUGAGCAAACGGAGUUCAUUCAUCUCAUUGUCAGUCGGAUCACAGGACGGUCGCUCAUAUUGCAAACCUCGGCAGCGUGCGCACACCAUCCUACACACGCAGACAGGGACAAGACGUCAAUGGUCCGACGUGGCCCUUUUGUGUGUUGGCAUGCGUGUGUUGACCUUGUCGACGAUCUUGACGACGAAGCUGCUCUGGCUGAUCAAAAACCGACGCUUCAACUCCUGAACACACACCACAGACACAAUAUCCCAUCCGCCAUCCCUCUCUGCGUGUAGUUCAUUCUGCUUACGUCGAAGCAUAGCUUGGCGACUUCGAUGGCCUCUUCCUCCGUCAUAUCCUACAGGCACACGGACACCAAAGGUAUACACAGACUGAGACAGGCAGGCAGGUAGGCAUGCGUGUGCGUCUGCACCGGUUUCCAGUGCCGAUCGAGGAUAGACAUGACGAAGUACGCCGCGUAUCUGCAUGUGCACCAGAUUGACACAGGUCACGGGUGCGAUGCGGCCCCUCCCUGUCCUUGUGUGUGAGAGGUGGUGCUGUCCGUCGGCGUGUGCGUACCCGUGAGCGCCUCUGCUGACUUUGGCCAUAGAUGCGAUGUAGUCCAUCCAGUAGAGCGAGGGACCCUCCUCGUCAUGCCCAGCCAACAGAACAUUCACCUGACGAACCACCCGACAGGCACCACAGACGGCAGCAUGCAAUAUCCCUCCCCUCCCUGCCCACUUGAUAAGGGUUCCUGCGCAGGUAGUAUGCCAACUCCCCACUGAGUGGACGGACGGGACACACGCGCACGCAAAACGGACACAUGGGUAUUAUCGUCAUCGCGAGACAGCUGAGAGCUGGCUGACCGUGUGAAGUUAGCCGCGGCCCUGACGCUGAGGGUGACUCCAUUGCGCAGCCGAUACAGGUGUAUGUUCUUCUGAAUGUACUCGCAAAACAUCGUCCUGUCGGCUGCAGCAAUCCACCAAAGCAAGCACAACACGGCAGCCAGUCAAAGAAUGAGAUGAGAUGAGAUCAGGCGACACAUCUGCUCCUCGCCUCUCACCUGAGGGGCCACCUGCCGCCAUGAGUUUGUUCUUGUCAAUGGUGAUGAUCUUGUCCUCAUCAUCCUGAUAUGCACCAACACAACCACGCAGCAGAGAUGCACACGCGACGGCUUCACUCUGUGCGUGUCUGUGCCGCGUGUGGCGGACCUUGAGGCGCAGCACGGAGAAUUCUGCGUGUCCAUCGGUGGCCAGCAGGACGAAGUCCUUGCCGCGCAGCCCCAGCGCCGAGUCCAUCACUCAGCCACAGCACAAUUAUCAGUUGAAAGGCGGGAAAGAGAGAACUCUUUCUGCCGGCUGGUCGCUCUCCGUCGGCGCGUGUGCGUGGCG